UUGCAACACCGUUCCCUCCAAUCAGAAAUGUCAAAAUGGCGUCAACGCAGGACGCUUGGUAUAUUUCUUUACUUGGUUUAGCAGAACAUUUCCGUACAUCAAAUCCUCCUGACAUAAAAAGUUGUAUUCAAUGCCUACAAGCCGUGUUUAAUUUCAAACCACCUCAAAGAGUGGAGGCCCGAACUCAUUUACAACUCGGUAAUAUCCUUCUGACACACACUAAAAACAUCGACUUAGCGAGGACGCAUUUAGAGCAGAGUUGGUGCCUGUCUCAGACUAUCAAUGGAUUCGACGAUGUCAAGUUCGAGGCUGCGAGUGUGCUGGCCGAGUUGUUUGAGCAGCAGGGCCACCCCACUCACUCCAAACCUAUUCUACGGAAAGCGAUUGAGUUGUCACAACACAGUGUUUACUGGCACUGUAGACUGAUAUUCCAACUGGCACAAAUCCAUGCAACGGAACGUGAAUAUGAAGUUGCCAGCAGUUUACUCGGUGUUGGUGUGGACUACGCGCAGAUAUCAAACGCUGCGUACACGCGAGUACUAUUUCUGCUCAGUAGGGUAAUGUUGCUGUUAAUAGACAAAAAGAUCCAAGAAGUGUUACCGCUGUUAAACCAGGCCGGGCACCUAGUUGACUCGUGGACAGGGAGCCCCCACCAGAAGGAGUAUCUGAAGGUGUUCUUCCUUGUCUUGCAGGUAUGCCACUACCUGAUGGCAGGACAGGUGAAGAGCGUGAAGCCCUGCCUGAAGCAGCUUCAGCAAAGCAUCCAGACCAUCAUGGCUCCCACGUGGCCAGAUGACGAUGCCGUGUGCGGCAGCGCGCCGGGCGAGUCGUUUGUGUGGCUGUCGCGGCAGCAGCUGUACGUGCUAGUCUACUUGGUGACGGUGAUGCACUCGGCGCAGGCCGGCUACAUGGACAAGGCGCACAAGUAUACUGAGAAGGCGCUCGCGCAGAUCGAUAAGCUCACUGCUAGCGGAUGCAGCGAAGAAUCCAGCGGGGUCAGCGCGCGAAGCGGCGCGACUCUCGCGUGGCGACUGCGCAUGGCUUUAGUGGAGCACUCGGCGCUGUGCCGCCUCGUGGCCGGCGGCAAGGCGCACGCGCUGCACGAGAUCGCGCGCGCCGCGCACCUGCUGUCCGCCGCGCCCACGGCAUGCAGCGCGGCUGCGCACACGCCGCAGCUGCACUGCCUGCUGGGCCUGUACGCCAUGUCCAUGAACUGCAUGGAGGCAGCCGAGGCGCAGUUCCUCACCGCCAUACACAUGUCACAAGAAAGAGAUCUAUGGAUGUUUGCGAAACUCAACUUAGCUAUUGUAUAUUUGCGAGGCAGGAGGGACAAUGAUUUGGCGCAACUCAUGGAACAGGUGCGGCCCGAAGCGCUGCCGGCGUACGCGCACGGGCUGCGAGCGGCGUCGUACUACGUGUUAGGAUUGCAGGCCUUCUUCCAGGCCCGCUACAACGAGGCCAAGCGUUACCUCCGCGAAACGCUAAAAAUGGCCAACGCCGAGGACCUGAAUCGGCUGACGUCAUGCUCCUUAGUGCUGCUCGGGCAUAUAUUUCUGUCCAUCAACAACUCGCGAGAGAGCAUGAACAUGGUGACGCCGGCCAUGCAGCUCGCCAGCAAGAUCCCAGACGUCCACGUCCAGCUGUGGGCCUCCGCUAUACUCAAGGACCUGUACCGGCUGGCGGGCGACACGGAGCGCGAGAACGAGGCGUACCAGAUGCACUGCAACUUCUCGCAGGCGCUGCUCAAGGACCACUUCCAGGCCACGCAGCUGCCACAACACGCGCUCGUGCAUUGGACCAGCGGCGCGCCGCCCGCGCUGCCGCCGCCGCCCAGCGUCAGCCACGCCACCUAGGCGCUGGGACCAAGGCCCCGGGGGCUAUGGGGACUGGGCGACGACACCGGAAUGACGCGUCGAGGCGCUCGAAAUUACGAGGCGCCAAGUCAAGUAGGCGCCUCAAUUCGGAUGACGUCACGUCGAGUUGGCGCCCCCAUUUUCGUGGCGCCGCGUCUAGCAGGCGCCCCUACUUACAUGGCGCCAAGUCGAGUAAGCGCCCAUACCUACGUGGCGCAACGUCGAAUAGACGCCUUCAUCUUCGUGGCGCCGUGUCGAGUAAGCGCUCAUACCUACGUGGCGCCAGGUUGUGUAGGCGCUCCCACCGACGUGGCACCGUGUCAUGUAAGCGCCCUCACCUACGUGGCACCAAGUCGAGUAGGCGCCCCAAAUCACGUGACGUCACGUCGCGUAGGCGCCGUCAUAACCACGUGACACUACGUUUCGCUCGUAGCGACCACGACUGGCGCCGGUGGCGGUGACCCACCCCGCGGAAACCCAUGCAACCGGGCCUGAAAGCCUUGCGACUGCAAAAGGCCGCGCAAUAAGUGACUGACGACCGAGAUAUCAGUGCGCGAAGUGAGCAACGGUGCAAUGUGUUGUGUUUUGAGUAGGUCGUCCGGUGACAAAGUGCUGAACCCGCCUCGUUCGAUGUACAAAUAUUUCUAGUGUUACCACUCCGCUUUCCUAUGACUGGGACUCUGUCCCGAUUGUUGCAAUACUCCCCCUAUUGUCGUAUCGGUCCCUGUUAGAUAUCAUUUUCACUGUAGUCUACGUAAAUAAAAGAGUCGGGGUAAACGUUUCAGCCGCACAGACGAACAGUACUCACGCCGGUCGCUAAACACCGGCGCACAAGUACAAUAUUUUAUUGGCCUAAAUUAAAAGACAUUACCAGAAAGUGAUAUUCCAUGCCAGUGACUUAACUGACGUUUGGAUAGUGAUAGUGCGGGCGAACCGUGUUGUGUUUCAUGAUCUGAUGUCGGGAACUGUAAAUGUGUGUGUGAAUGUCAUGUAAGAUUGUUAAUUCAAAGGUUGCCUUCGACGUAGAAAGACGGGACACGCCUAUGCGUCUAUGGUAGUAUUAUGGUUAGAUUUUGUAGUGUUUUAAGGAGAUUCCUAAACGAAAGUAUUCUAAAUUAUUGGGUUUAUUAACGAAAUUUAUUACCCUGUAAAAUAUUUAUAGAUUGUGUGGACUGUUGAUGAUUGGACCCAUCAUGUUUGGUUUGGCGUGUCCCUUCGUUUCCGAGUAAAUAUCACUUAAGCAAAUAAUGUGCUCCAUUUUCCAUUAUACUUUGAGGUGUUGAUUUAGUUGAUAAAAAUAGUAAAUGUUAUGUAUGACAAUAAAACCAUAUCUGACUAGUUCGUCGGGAUUAAGAUCACUUCACAAAUUAAUUGAAUGUCAAAUAUAAAUUAAUUUUAGUAACUAUUACAUCGGUCAGUUGCUUGUUACUUUGAAAGCCCCUGUAUAAACAAAUCCUCAUUAUUGUCAUUAUAUUAUAUAAUUUAUAGUUAUUCAUCUUAUAACAAUGAUCUCAUGAUCAUCAUCACAUUGUCAAAGCUUCCUAAUAUAAAAUAUGUAUGUUCAUUUAUAUCAGAAACUAUAGUAUUCAUGACUUAUGCUGCCACUGUUAUUUGCUGAUAUAAAAUAUAUGUAUGUUACAAGUAAUUAGAAAUUAUUUAAUAUUAAAAUAUACAUGUUAGUUUAAUUAAAUUGCAAUCUAUGUAUCUUAGUAUUCAUCCCAACCAUUUUCAUGGUAAUAUUCUCCUCACUUGUAUUCAUGAUUUGUCUAUUGAAUAUUGCGUUUUGCUGUCUCCAUAGAGGUAUGUAUACUAAAUUCGCCUUUCCCUAUCAUAAAUCAGCAGUGACUUGUACGAGUAUUGUAACUUGCUUAUUGAUAUCGUAAAGUAAGACAUGUCGCCAAAGGAGAGAGAGCAUAAUAAUGUCUUAUUUUGCACAAUAAAAUUAAAUAUAGACGAAUUUCGAUUAGUAUGGUUUCACAGAAAUGUAUGGACUGAUGAUAAAUAAAUUGUACAUAAUGUGUCAAAUAUGAACUUGAGAAAGAACAAAAACGUCUCAUAUUUAUUAUUAUUUUUUAUUAUUAUUAAUAAUUUCUUAGUAAACUUGUUAGUGAGCGAAUGUUGUUGACGAUUUGCUGGUUAAUUAAUUUUAAUGUAGCAUUUGAGUAUUGUAUGCGCACGAGUGGGGUGUCUCAGCGGAUGACCCGAGUUAAUUUUAGUCGCAACGAUUGUUACAACUUUCCAUGUUCAUAUUAUUUUUAUAUAUAGUAGUUUAGGAGUCGCUUCCUUCCCGCGACCGUCCGCUGCGGCACCGCGCGUCCGUUCCCGCGCCCGCCGCAACGCAAGCGGUUGUCGGCCAAAUGAAACGGUCAUAGUUCUGUAUACAUUUUUAUUUUAAUAAUUCCCAUAGA